GUGAGAAAGGGUGCGAUAAAUUAAUCUCGUUCCACAAAAAUAUAACGAAUAAUAGUAGUCACUCUCGCGAAUCCCUCAAAUGCUGUGCUACAUAUUUAUUCGCGUCUAGGUGCUUGCGACUUGACGACGGUAGGUGGGAGCUUUUAUGGAGAUGGAAAGAAUUAGGGGAUUUGUUUGAGAAGUCACGUUACCACGCGAGACAAACCAGGCGGAGUGACUACGCGACCCAGUAGAGAGGGUCAGCUAACGAUCAGACAUUCUAUAACUACAAUCCAAAUACUGUGUGGAUUUGGGAUUAUUCUUACGUGAACAAUGGGUGGCUGGAUCGUAACCACACUGGGGAUUGUCCUAGGGAUCGGUAUUGUUGUUACUCUGGUUUUCUACAAAAGAUACUGCAUCGGGUGGCCGUGGGGUGCGCGGAACAUCUGGAGUGUAUGCGAAGAGUGGCGACAGCGAUUAUCCUGGCUGUGGGCACCCCGGGAAGAGAAGGUGGGUCUGGUGAAGGCUCAGCAUCCAACUGCCCAGACGAUUCCCGGCCUUUAUCGACAGUCUGGAAAUACUUCCCAAAAUUUGCUGCACAGCGAUAGUGAUCUACGCCUGGAUGCCCAGGGAGCCUUUACCCGAUUUGAAGCGGUAGACAGGGAUCUGCAUCCUCCCCUGAGCACCGGAAGUGCCAUUCCCCCGCAGCCAUUGAGACCAGCCCCCCAGCCAAGACCAACACCAAGGCCCAGACCAACUCCACUGCAGGCACCAACAGCAGCGGACCAUCUGCGCAUGCAGCAGGCAGUACCUGGACCAUUAACUCCCCCUCCAAUCCCUAGAGCACCGGGCUCUCACAGGACAAAUGGACCCUCGGUCUUCUCAUUUCAGAAUGAGAUUCCCAAGGCGUACAGCUCCUACAGGACAACUAACGAUCAGCCGAUGCUCCAUCUGGAGAAAUACAAUCACACGGUCUUCGCCAACAUCCAGACUAGACCCUAUGCCCGACCAGCUGACACUGUCACCUCCCAUAAUUCCCAUUAUGAGAGUAUCAAGAGUCUGGAGGACAGGGUCCAAGACGCCUACGUCAGCCGAAUAACAAGAGACAGUGCAUUUGCACCUUAUGAGCCUCCUCAGGAGGCGUCCCAGUUCCCAUACCUCGGAUCGCACCAGGAGACCGAUCCGACCAUCAACGCUGAGGACAGCAGAUCAGUCUCCAGUUAUCCUGGCUACGACUUCGCCCAAAAGACAAAUCAUCAUGUACGCCAGCACAUCAGAAAUGAUUCUAGAGGCACAUCGAGCAGCUUCAAUCUCACCAACUGCAACAAUCCAACCACUCAAGCCAUCAUGGAGUCAAUAUAUGGUCCCCAGGUUGUCACCACAUUGCUUCAUAAUACUCAGAAUUACGGAAAUGAUGUUCUCCGAAAAAUGGAAGCCCCCCAGAAUGUCGAGCUGACGCCAUUCCACAGCCCUUUUUCCGACGAUUUGACCUACGGUAUUCAUGCAAAUACAAAAGCUCAGGGAUUGCAGAGAGUAUCGCAAUAUAUUCAAAGUUUGCCAGAUCUACCUAUGUAUGAGCCAGUGAAUGAUCAACCAGACGAUCGGGAGGAAUCCAUGUUUUCCGAUUUGGAUGGUGGAGUUGAUGAUGACAGAGGCGGUUUACCCAGUGGAAAUGAAUUGACACCGAGUCCAGUACCACCACCAGCACCACCUGAUCCGCCAAAUCCCUUAGAUAUACAUCGGAAAAAUGGGCCCACCACGGGUGAGAGGAUCUUCAGUGCUCUACGUUCAGUCACAUCCCAGAGUUAUAUCGACGCGUCCGAGUUUUAUAAUUCAGUACUAUCGUCCGCCCAACAAGUUCCCAAACUCACAUUUCCUGGAAUGACGAGAUCAUCGAUACAACUCGCUGAUACAAAUACUUCGAAUAAUUUGCAAGACGAAAUGGCGGAAUACUACGGUGAUGUUGAAUCAACGGCUCUCAAUAUUGACGGCUCAAGGCGUGGGUCUGAUCUGUACAGUCCGGAACUUAAUUUAAAAGCUCACCAGACCGCACAGCAGGUGUACAACAGUCUUCAGGAUCCACCAGCUUCGCCUCUUCUUCUCAAGGAUCUGGACCAGGAGCCCUAUCCCUACAUGUCCGACCCGAGCUUCACGAGAACUUCUGAGGACAUCUUCAACAGCCUCGAACAGAGGAGGAAAAGCAUGGAAAGGCUGAAUGGAAUUCACGAGUUCGUGGAGAUGGAGAUUAAUGAUACUCAGAGAAAACGAAGUGCUCACGACUGGUUCGCCGUUCUCGAGGAGAUGCACAUGAAGCGCCGUCUGUCACAAAGUAUCGAGGAUGCAUUCAGUUGCUACACGGGUACGGAAAUUGACGACGGAAAUACAGGAAGUAGACGGGAGUCGCAGGGACCAGAGCCGGAACCACCCCCCGACGAGGCCAAUUUGAAAAGGGCAAUAAGCUGUGAGAGUGUUUGUUCAGAUACCAGUGUCGUGCUCGCUGAUAUUGAGGAUGUUACGGUAGUUGGUCAUAUUUGCGUGGGUCUCGAGUAUGAGAGGUGGGGUGGACGUGGGGCCGAUAUUGAGGGGGAUCUCGCUGCCAGUGUUCUCGAGGCGAGGGAUCUAAUCACACCAGACGGACAACCCGCUCAGGAUACAUUAGUGAGGGCGUGCCUGCUGCCAGACCGGCAGACUCAUGUACAAACGAGGCUCUGCCGAGGCUCACCGUCCCCGAGCUAUCAAGAGAAAUUUUUAUUUCCACUCGAUGGUGGCCCCAUUGGCAGAACAUUACUAUUAGAGAUAUUUUCCGUCGACAUUGGCUUGGGGGGUGGGGUUUCUCUCUUGGGUGAAGCCUCUCUCAAGUUGGGACCCGCUGCUCGACCACCAGCCACAACUUGGUUACCUGUAGUUAGUCCGGCUGUACCGAUACCUCAUCUCGGUGAACUCAUGUUCUCUUUGAGUUAUCUGCCGACAGCUGAGAGGCUCACACUUGUCGUCGUCAAGGCGAGAAAUCUUCGUGGAGCUGAUGCCGUACCUGGUGACUUCUUUGUUAAGGUUUACCUACUCCAGAAGGGGAAAAAGCUUCACAAGAAGAAGACUUCCUGCAAGCGCGGGGAGAAAAGUCCGACUUUCAAUGAGGCGAUGAUUUUCAAUGUUUCUGCUCACGCUUUACAGACAAUUCAAUUGAGACUGACAGUAGCGGAGUCGACGAACGAUCAGCCGAUGAAUCCCAAGCCCGAGUCCAUAGGCCACGUCAUAAUCGGGGCAACCGCAACAGGGAAGUCCUUGGCGCACUGGCGGCAAAUGUUGGCAUCGCUGAGGCAUCCUGUUGUCAUGUGGCAUCCUCUCAGAAAGUGAAGAGGCC